AUGAAUGGAACUAAUAAUAAUAUUGGUUCAUCAUCUGUUCAUGUUCAUGUUCAUGUUCAUGUUCAUGUUCAUGUUCAUGUUCAUGUUCAUGUUCAUGUUCAUGUUCAUGUUCAUGUUCAUGUUCAUGUUCAUGUUCAUGUUCAUGUUCAUGUUCAUGUUCAUGUUCAUGUUCAUGUUCAUGUUCAUGUUCAUGUUCAUGUUCAUGUUCAUGUUCAUGUUCAUGUUCAUGUUCAUGUUCAUGUUCAUGUUCAUGUUCAUGUUCAUGUUCAUGUUCAUGUUCAUGUUCAUGUUUCUCUUCAUUCGCAGUCAACGUCUAUUAUUAACUUUAAUGGAUUAAAAUUUCCAGAAUGGUGCGAUCAAGUCCAAUUUCAUCUUAGAGUUUUGGAUUUUGAUUUGUCACUUUUAAGUGAAAAACCAAUUGCUUUUUAG